GUUGAGUCUCCAGUAGAAACACACGUGUGCUGCUCAACACAUCAUGGAGUUUGAGGGCUGCAGUUUCUUCAGACAGAGACUCGUGUUGUCCACACUGAGCGGAAAACGAGUGAAAAUACGAAACAUUCGCUCUAAAGAUGAUAACCCCGGACUGCGAGAUUUUGAAGCGAGCUUCAUCCGGCUACUUGACAAAGUGACCAAUGGCACCAGAAUCGAAAUCAACCAAACAGGAACGGUGUUGUUCUAUCAGCCAGGUUUGCUGUACGGCGGCUCGGUGGAACAUGACUGUAACGUCCAGAGAUCAGUGGGUUACUAUCUGGAGGCUCUGCUGAUGUUGGCACCAUUCAUGAAGAAUCCUCUCAGAGCUGUGCUGAAGGGUGUCACCAAUGAUCCCACAGACCCCUCCGUGGAUCUUCUGAAGACCACCGCUGUUCCUCUGAUGAAGAGAUUUGGGAUUGAUGGAGAAGGGUUAGAAAUAAAGGUGGUGAAGAGAGGCAUGGCUCCUGGCGGAGGAGGUGAGGUGCACUUCAGCUGUCCUGUUCGCAGAUCCAUGAAACCUGUUCAGCUCACAGAACCCGGAAAAAUCAAGAGGAUCCGAGGAACGGCAUUCUCGGUGCGAGUCUCUCCUCAGAUGGCGAACAGAAUCGUGGAUUCCGCGAGAAGUAUCUUAAACAAAUUCAUCCCGGAUAUUUACAUCUACACAGAUCACAUGAAGGGGGCAAACUCUGGGAAGUCUCCAGGAUUUGGUCUGACGCUGGUGGCAGAGACGGUGAAUGGCACGUUUCUCGGGGCGGAGGUGGUGUCCACGCCGCAGGGGCAGGGCGAUCCGAUGCCGCCAGAGGAUCUGGGCAAGAACUGUGCCAAACUUCUGCUGGAAGAGAUCUAUAGGGGUGGCUGUGUGGAUUCAACCAAUCAGAGUUUGUCUCUUCUGUACAUGACGUUAGGACAACAAGAUGUUUCCAAGGUUUUGUUGGGACCCCUCUCGCCCUACACGAUUGAGUUCCUCAGACACAUCCGAGACUUCGUUCAGAUCAUGUUCAAGAUGGAACCACAGAAACCAGGAGAAGAUGAGCAAAAAGGGGGAGAGAAAGUUCUGAUGACGUGUGUCGGAGCGGGUUACAGCAACAUCAGCAAACCACUCAAAUAAAGACUCAAAUAAUCACCAAUUUACACUGAGCAACCCGAUAGGGUGAAUGUUCAUUUGUCAUACUUAAUAUUUUGUAUCAUUUUAGUAUUUUAACAUGGUGGCAUUCCCGAAUAUGAUUGCAUUUAUGAAAAAUGGCUGUUGUAUAUGUUCCACAAUAGCUUUUCAAAUUGAUGUUUGAAUAAAAAAACUACUGUGCCA